AUGCAGCUAGGUUUUCUUGUUCCACAUUUCUGAUACACCAAAAUCUGAUCUGACUCUGCAAGUGACAGUAUGCUCAGUGGUUGGCCUCCCACGUUAGAGCUUAACUAAGCUAAGGUUUCACCAUUCACGAAAUGCUCAAAUCAUAAAGCACACAUUAAUAUCAUCAGGUAAUAAAUAUAUACUACCACUGUACCUGUGAGAAAGAUAAGCAGGCCGAAAAGGAAGUUGUUGAUACUGAAAUGCAUAAUUACCCUGAUGUCGUACAGAUGGAGAGAAUGGAACAUUCUAGAUCAUAUGAAAAUGAUACUCCCAUGAAGGCAGAAGAAGAUGUUGGUUUAAAAGAGGUGGCUAAUGAGAAGCAUUCUAUGGUUAGUAUUCCUGGCAUGGUUGGGAAGGAGUUCAUGAAAUGUUUGAAGCGUACAAGGAGAUUUCGUGUUCCGGCUGUUAGACGUAUUUAUAUGAGGAAACAUAAGGAAAUCGUCCCUGAAAUGGUUAUGAGGAAGGCAUUUCCAAGUCUUAUUUGGGUAUUGCCAAAUGGCCGUCAAAUUCAUAAAGUAAAGCCAGUCAACCAACACAGUAAUCCAAGUUGUAGCAUGUAUCAUGUACAACUAAGACAAUGGGAGAAGAACAAAAGCAGUCAAGCUAAAUCGAGUAGCUAGUUCAUUAAUGAGUCACUAUAACGAUAGAUACACGUAUAAGGAGAUACACAAUCCAUAUCCAUAUAUAUAUAUAUAUAUAUAUAUA